CCCAUCGCCCAACUCCUCCGCGCCCUCCGCACCUCAAUCUCCUCCAUCUUAACACGCCCCAUCACUACCACCAUUAACAUCCCUCGCACCGCCCUCCCCCUCCUCACCACCCCCUCCGCCCGCCACAACAGCAACAGCAGCCACAUCCGCCCCACACGCAUGAUCCCCCGCUCGCACACCCCCAAACCCUCGACCACGGACCGCGGCCCGCGCUCCAAGGAAGAAACUCAGACCGACUUCGCCGCGCUCAACGUCCUCGGCAACAUCCCCGCCCCGACCACUGCCAUCGACGCCUGUCUGGACACGGGCUUCCAUCUGGACAACGGGGUGAAGGUGACGAAUGGCGAUGGGGUGUUGCUUGUUGGCGGGGAGGCGUUUGCGUGGAGGCCGUGGCUGGCAGGGAAGGGCAAGGCCGAGGGAGAGGGAGAGGGAGAAGGGGAGGCGGUUGGGAAGAAGGCGGAUAUGUUGAAUAAGAAGGGCCAGUUUGAGCUGGAUGAUGAGGCUUGGGGGCUUUUGGGCUUGGUUUGGCCGAGGCCGGAUAUGUUGAUCAUUGGCAUGGGAAACUCGGUGUUCCCGCUGUCGCCGGAGACGAAGCGGUUCGUGAAUUCCUUAGGCGUGCGCGUGGAGAUUCUGGAUACGAGGAAUGCUGCGGCGCAGUUCAAUUUGCUUGCGACGGAGAGGGGCGUUUCCGAGAUUGCGGCUGCUAUGAUUCCUAUUGGGUGGAAGGGGAGGUAA